GAAUAAGGUCCCUAAUCCGCCGUGCAAGAAAUCCAUGCUCAUCGCGUAUUUACUGCAUUUUCUCGUGCAAGACACCGCGGUUUGAAACGUGCUCACUCUUUGCAGUCUUUCCAUGAAUCAUGGCAGUUGCGACACUAAACGAACAAGCCGUCACACUCCGCUCCCUUCACCGUCCCGGACAACCGCUUGUCCUGGCAAACGUCUAUGACAUCCUCUCUGCCACGGCCGUCGCAGCGCUCCCGUCAUGCUCGGCAUUAGCCACGGCCUCAUAUGCCGUCGCACGGGCGGCCGGCACCGAGGACGACGACAUGACGCUCGAGGAGAAUUUGAAUGCUGCUCGCGGAAUCGGCAGAGUUGCAGCAAAGCACAACAAGCCCCUCUCGGUGGACCUGCAGGACGGCUACGGCGACAAACUGGUGGAGGCCGUCAAACUCGUUGUCGAGGCAGGCGCGGUCGGCAUCAACCUCGAAGAUUGCGAUAAAGACACGCAUAAAAUGUAUCCCGUUGACGUCGCGGUCAAGCGCCUCCAAACCGCACUCGCAACGGCUAAAGACCUAGGUCUCCCCGAUUUUGUGCUGAAUGCUAGAUGCGACACCCUGAUCCGCGGAGGUGCGAUGGAUGAAGUCAUCGAGAGAGGAAAGAAGUACCUAGAUGCCGGUGCCGCUACAGUCUUUGUAUGGGGAGGCGGCCAGAGAGGUGUCAGCCGAGCAGAGGUUGAGAGAAUGGUUAGAGAGUUUCAGGGUCGCUUGAACGUGUCACUCAAAUGGAACGGUGGACUUACUGUCAAAGAACUGGCAGAGAUCGGAGUCGCGCGAAUCAGUGUUGGUCCAGCCAUUCAAUUAUUUGCAAUGGAUCAGUACGCAAAGAGAGCCGAAGAGCUUUUGAAGCAAGCCGAGGGCUAGUUGAGUUAUGACUCGACGUAGCCAGACAGUAGACAUUCAAGAGUAUCAA